CCCACAGACCACCACUUGACUACCGCAACCGAUUGGCCGCAAACGUUGCAUCGCCUUUCACUAUACAACCACCUCUCUAUUCACAACAUGACUCCUGACGCAGACAGUAUUGCCGACUGUGUACUCGAGACAUAUGAAAAAUUACCCCAGAAGCGGAAACCCCGCAUCCGAGACGACGGGACUCGAGAAUGGGUUCCGCUCGCCGGAAUCGUGCUGGUUAAAGAUGACCGAUUGAAAUGCGUAUCUCUGGGAACAGGCAUGAAAUGCCUCCCAUCAUCCAAACUUCCCCUCGCCAACGGAAACGUCCUCCACGACUGGCACGCCGAAAUUCUCGCCAUCCGAGCCUUCAAUCGCUUCCUCCUAGAUGAACUCGAUCUACUCACCGCUCCCCCUUAUCAGCUAUCCCAAUUCAUCCGUCGAAGACACCCCUCGGAACUCACCGCCACCACCUCAACCUCAAUCGAGAAUCACCACCCCUUCACCAUCCAGGAAGACGUCAAAAUCUACAUGUACUGCUCCGAAGCACCGUGUGGAGACGCCAGCAUGGAACUCGUCAUGUCCGCCCAAGAAGACGCCACACCAUGGACCACGCCCGCGCCCUUCAUUUCCUCCCCUCAACCAACAACAUCAUCGCCAUCUACUCCCCCCAUCCACGACCAACCCAACAGUACAGAAGAACUCCCCUCGGGACUCCGCGGCCGCUCCCACUUCGCUCACCUAGGCGCCCUCCGCUACAAACCCUCGCGCCCAGAUGCCCCACCUACACUUUCAAAAUCCUGUACAGAUAAACUGUCUCAUACACAAUCUACAUCUCUCCUCUCAUCACUCACCAGCCUCCUCAUCAGCCCGGAAAACGCGUACGUAGACACCCUUGUACUGCCGUCCUCGCAAUUUGUACCUGCCGCCUGCCAGCGCGCCUUUGAAACACGCAUGGCGCAUGUCUCCGCCAAGACGUGGACAGGCGGAUACGCGUGGACGCCGUUCAAAGUCGUAGGCACGUCCCGCGAGUUCUCGUGGAGUAAACGCGCAGUCGGGGCGAAGGAGAAGGCCAUUGCGAGUAAUCUCAGUGCCGUGUACACCCCCACCGCCCAGCAGACGCUCAUUGGUGGCGUGAUGCAGGGACGCAAACAGUUUGAUCCUCGGGGGGCGAGUGUGGUGUGUCGGAGGAGUAUGUGGGGGCUUGCUGCGAAGGUUGCGGCGGCGGUGGGGGGAACGGCGCUCGUGCAGGCGCUGGGCGAAGGCACGUAUGGGAAGGUCAAGGAGAGUGGGAUUUUGGGAGCUAGGAGGAGGGUUAAGAGGGAUGUUCGCAGUGCGGCGUUGAAAGGGUGGGUGAGGAAUGAGGGUGAUGAUGGGUUUGGGGCUGAUGAGAACAGAGCGAGAUAG